AUGUCGGGCUUCAUCGCAUUUGUGCUGAUGGUGAGCGGCAUGGGCGUCGGCACGCUCGUUUGCGGCCUCGCACCCCUUUCGCUGCCCUUAUCGCACCGAAUGAUGCGCGUUCUCGAGGUCUUUGGAGCCGGUCUCCUCGUCGGCGCUGCGGUCACUGUCGUUAUCCCGGAAGGUGCGAGCUCUCUAUUCUCGAACAUAGCACCGGAAUCGCACGCAAGCGUCAACGCGUACGCAAACAUGUUGCAUCCUGCCGGUGCCGUCAAGCCAUUCGCUCCACUCCAAGUUCAGACAAUACCAACGCAGUCAGCACAAGAGCCAUGGGCCUGGUCGUUCGUCACGAAGCGAUCAGAAGAGCCUGCACAUGAUGGCGAACACGAACACCAGCACGAGCACGAGCACGAUCAUGCCAACGAUGACCACGACCACAAGGGAUUCUCCCAGUCAGACGCCGAGCAUCGUCUCGGAAGCAGCAUCCUCUUCGGCAUCGUACUCAUGUACAUCAUCGAUCAGCUCACCUCAUCAUCGGGGAGCUCGUUGCCAGCACACAACGACAAGACUCAGCAAAACGGGUCUUCAAGUCACAAUCACGACUAUCCAACACGGCCGCGGCUGGAAACACAUCGACUCUCCAAGUCAUUCCACCACAAGAACGACCCAACAGCAACGCCCACGGGGAUCCACAAGACAAGCAGCAGAGCCUCGUUCACCAUCUUUGAUCGAUCACAGCACGGCAUCGCCGACAUCGACGAAGAGGCACAGCUCAGUUCAGCCAGCGCGCAGAAUGCGUCCAGCCGCAACGAGCCACAUAGGCGCAUCGAGAGCGCAGCAACGGCUUCCAGCAGCAACAGCGAUCAGGAUCUGCCAGACGAUUACGACACUCACGAUCCAGAGCACUAUCACCACGCCGACCUCAAACGCGUCUCGUCCGCGCAUGGUGGCAACAACGAGUGGACCAGCUCGCCGCGCAGCAGCACCACGCUCAACCGCGAAACGCCCGGUCACGAGUCGUCCUCCCCUGGCGCACCCCUGCUGCACCGUCGCGACUCGACGAACAGCACCGGCAAUGGUCGACCUGGUUCGAAGCGUAGCAGAUCCAUGUCGUCAUCACAAUCAGGACCGUCCAGUUUCGGGCAGGCCAUGACGACGAUCCUUGGUCUGCUGAUCCACGCUGCCGCCGAUGGAAUCGCCAUGGGUGCCUCCGCGCAAUCAGGUGAUCAGACCCUCACCAUGGUCGUCUUUGUCGCCAUCAUGGUGCACAAAGCUCCCGCCGCCUUUGGGCUGUGUGCCAUGCUCAUGUCGCAGCGUCUCUCGCGCACCUCGAUCCGCAAAGCCGUCGGCGUCUUUGCGCUCGCUUCGCCCCUCGGUGCUGUUCUCACAUACUUGCUGCUCGCGCUGUUCUUUGACGCGGACGUCGCAUCAGUUGGACCGGCCGCAGCGGAACCAGCGGGAAUUGAUGGGAAGAGCAUCGGCACCGCCCUCGCCUUUUCGGGUGGGACUUUCUUGUUUGUUGCGUUCCACGCGGUGCUCGAGCUGGCGGGCGCCGAGGCGGAUACCGUACCGCGGAUGGGCGGCGACGAGGCGGGAGAGGUGCAGAUUUUGGGUAAGUGGUUGAGGAUCGUCUUGUUGAUCGCUGGGUCGUGCACGCCGAGGUUGUUGCAGAGCUUGUUGGCCGCGUUGGGGGCUGGUGAGGGGCAUCAUCAUUGA